GAAGGAGAAGAAGAAGAAGACUCCGUUAGCAUCAUAGAGGAGCUCGUUCAGCUGCAGACUGGUAAACAUGGCGUCUGCGGCCGGACUGUUUGUUUUAACGGUGCUUUCUGUGUGUGGAGCAGCUGCAGCGGAGAAGAAACUGGUUUACGUGACUGUGCUGUUCCGUCACGGUGACCGAUCCCCGGUCAAAGCCUUUCCCACCGACUCGCACCAGGAGAGCGACUGGCCACAAGGCUUCGGACAGUUAUCACAGAUUGGGAUGAGGCAGCACUUUGAGCUCGGCCAGUUCCUGAGGAAUCGAUACAAAGGAUUCCUCAAUGAAACCUACAACAGACAUGAGAUCUCCGUUCGCAGCACAGACUACGACCGCACGCUGAUGAGCGCUGAGGCCAACCUGGCAGGUCUCUACCCCCCCAGUGGUCAGCAAGUCUUUAACCCCAACCUGAAGUGGCAGCCGAUACCCAUCCACACUGUGCCUAAGAGUGAAGAGAGGCUUCUCUCAUUUCCUCUCGGCGACUGUCCUCGCUACAAUCAGCUGAUGAUUGACACUGAACAAACUGAGGAAUUCAUUAAUAUCACCAUUAAAUACCAGGACAUCCUGGAGCUGGUGAAGAAUAAAACGGGAAUGAAUAAAACCAGUGUGGAAACAGUCUGGAGUUUGUACGACACACUGCUCUGUGAGUCUAUUCACAACAUGUCAGCUCCUGACUGGGUGACUCCUGAUGUGAUGCAAAGGCUCGGCGUGCUCAAGGACUUUGGAACCAAGGUCAUAUUUGGGGUAUACAAGCAACAGGAAAAGAGCCGGCUUCAAGGAGGGCUCCUGUUGGGUGAGAUAGUGAAGAAUCUUUCCAAGAUGGCCGUCCCAGACCCGAAACGGCAACUGAAGAUGACGAUGCUGUCAGCGCAUGACACCACUGUCAUCGCCCUUCAGAGCAGCUUGGACAUAUUCAAUGCUCAAGCGCCACCGUAUGCCUGCUGUCAGAUAUUUGAGCUGUACAGGGAGGACAAUGGCUCGGUUUCAGUUUCCAUGUUUUACCGGAACGACAGCACAGUGGAUCCGUACCCGCUGCAGUUACCGGGCUGCUCCCUUGACUGCCCCCUGGAGGACUUUGUGAGGAUUACAAAGCCCUCUAUUUCAGAUGACAGAGACAAGGAGUGUGAGGUGGCGUCCAAAGGUGCAGAGGUGAUCAUCAGCCUGGUGGUGUCCAGCUGUCUGCUCCUCUUCCUCAUCAUCCUCAUUCUCGGGAUCAUUUGCUGCCAGAAGUCUCCGAACAGCACACAGGGAUACCACCAUGUGAUCAACCAGGAGGUCGGAGAGGAAUCCUGACAGAAGCACAGACUCCUUCCUCGGAGAUCCCAGAGCCAGGCAUCGUUGGACAGUAGCGAUGACGAUGAACUCUAUAACUACUGAGUGACCUUUUCUGAUGGUGCCAUCAACUGCUUCUUUUCUUAAAACAUGAAUGUUUUGUGCAGAAAUCCAGAUUUUAAAGAACGUUUUUUCGAAUGAUUGAUGGAGGGACCAAUGAAGCAGGGGAAACUUUCUUUGUCCAACAGUUUGUCAUGUACGGUAACUGCUGUGUUCCCAGUGUGGUCUGAUCUCCAAUCACGUCCAUAAGUUCAAGAUCUCAACUGAUUCUCUGUGACUUUAUCGCCACCUGCUGGUUAUCGUCUCUGCUUUUAUUGGUCUAUGUUUCUCCGGCAGAAGACUGUGGUCAUCCUCAGUGGGAGCAGUGAUCUGUUAGUGACUAACAGGUUCUGUUUGUUACUGUCGUACAACGGCCACAGACACAGUGUCGGAAUCAGCCUGGUUACUGAGCUUUAGGAGCAUUGAUCUGUGUGGGGGAGGAGCUUGCUUUAUCUGUGUGGACCUUUUAAUUUCACAUAACUUGACUGUGUUGACAACACUUGAGGGGAAUGUCCAGGAAAUAUAUAUUUGAAAAUGGUGAUGACAUUGCAAAGUCUCGGGAAAUGAUUUAGAAUAUAGCUUUCUUUGCAUCAGCUUAUCUGAGUUCCUUUAAAUAACGUAACUGAAAAGAUCUAAAUGGUCGAUUUAGUUCAGUUGAAUUAGUUAAAGACGUUGAGCUCUAAGUCCAGAGAGUUUACAGAGCUGGACGUCCCUUCUGCUUUUUAAAGGUACGUGUGUGAAGCUCUGUGUGUUGCAGUUUGUGUACAGUGUGUUUUUAACUCUAGGGUCUUAUGACCUAGAUGCCUUAAAUAGUAUUAAUGAGUGUUCCUUUUUGUCCUGCUGUAACAAGCCACGUGUUUAUUUUGAGAGUUGUCUGAUAUGUUUGAUUUAUUCACAGGAGCAGUAACAGUUCAACAUUUAGAAACUCAUAUUAGCUCACACCUCGGGUCUGAUGAUCUUAGGUACCUGACGUGUGGCUCUCGUAGUGGAGGGAUACCAAGAAGAAAUAGAUCAACAAGAAUGAAAUCAGCAAUCAUUUCUAUCAACUUCUUUCAGACAUGUUAAGAUAUAAUUUCAACGUUAUCAGCUUCCAUUUUUCAUGUGAAUAUUGGGAAACUCGAAUCCCUUUGUGAUAUUUGAAUAUCAAAAAAAAAAAAUGUGUAAAAGUCUGCCUUGAAUUAUUUGAAAACUAACUAGCUUUCUUUUCAAUCAGCUCAUGAAAGUUUGACACAACUGGGGACGAGCUUUUCUUUUGUUUCUAUUGUUUGUCUAUUGAAAAUAAUGUUUUAGAAAACAGGAUAAAUCAUAAUGCAGCCUUAAAGAGGAUGUGUUUAUUCUUGUCUGGGUCCAGAUUCUGUUUAAUCUUAAUAUUAUUUUCAUCAAACCUGGGGAACAGUGUUAUUGGCAAAUAAUUCCUAUCACUUGUUUGAUUUUGAAUUAUAAAAUGUGCUGCUAGUAAAAGUUCCACUGGAUAAAUAAAUAAAAGAUUAUCGCAGGUU